AUGACACCACCGCUUAGAAUCAUCAUCUUAGGUGCACCUGGAUCUGGAAAGGGUACCCAAACUAGUCGACUUCUUAAGAAAAUUCCGACUAUUAAGGCACUCUCCUCUGGAGAUAUUCUUCGUUCUCAAAUCCAAUUGGGAACUCAUAUUGGCAAAGAGGCUUCUUCAUAUAUUAAAAAUGGUAAGUUAGUACCUGAUUCUACUAUGGUCAGCUUGAUUACUCAAGAACUUAAAUCCCAUAAUUGGCUUCAUAAUGAUGCUUCAUGGUUAUUGGACGGGUUCCCUCGGACCGGGAUUCAAGCUGAAUCUCUUGAUAAAGUUCUUAAUAAUUCAAAUUGUGGUAUCAACUUGGCAUUGGAACUUGAUGUAGAUCAAAAAGUGAUUCUUGAAAGAAUAGAAGCUCGUUGGGUCCAUGUACCUAGUGGGCGUGUAUAUAACAUUGACUACAAUCCUCCAAAAGUGCCAUUUCGGGAUGAUAUCACGGGUGAACCACUCAGUAAAAGAGAUGAUGAUACUGCUGAAGUGUUCCAAAAGAGACUUGAUCAAUAUAAUAAAGAAUUGGGUCCACUUAAGGAUUUUUAUUCGAAAAAGGGAGUCCUUCAUACUAUUUCAGGAAAUACAUCCGAUAUUAUUUUCCCUAAAUUAAUGGAUGUUAUUGGGAAACAAAUUUGA